CGCUCUCUCUUCUCUCUCUCGCAAUCCCUCUCCACGAGUCGGAUUUUACCUCAAUACACAUUAGCUUGCGCACACUUGGACCACCAUAUAUAUAUACUACCAACCAACCUACCUACACUACACUUACCCAUUUGCCAUCCACCACAACCACCAACCAUCUAUCAUCUACCACUCGCCACUUCUCUCUCUUCUAUCUCCACGCAUCCCGCCCACAGCCGAGCUUACCUUUCCAAUCGUGCCGAUUCCGCGAUCCCGACCCUCACCUUAAAUUUCACUUUGCGCCCACAACUCUAAUUCUCGCCUCUUCCUUCGCACCUCACAAACACCAUCAUGGCCUCCACCGACUCCGCCGCGCCCAUCAACGGCAACUACGCGCAUCAAAACUUUGAUGCUGCCCCCAAUAACUACGCUGCUGCCAACUCAAACAACUCCGCCGGCUACAAUGCUGCCCAGCAGGCUCCUUCAAGCGGGGCCUCUACAUCCGAGAUCCCCAAGGAAGAGGUCGCCUGGUACUUCGUCGAGCAGUACUACACCACCCUCAGCAAGAGCCCAGACAGGCUCUACCUCUUCUACAACAAGCGCUCCCAGUUCGUUUCCGGCACCGAAGAGGACAAGGUACAGGUUUGCAUUGGACAGAAGCCCAUAAACGACCGCAUCAAGGAGCUCGACUACCAGGACACCAAAGUUCGUGUCACCAAUGUCGACUCCCAGAGCUCCGAUGCCAACAUCGUCAUCCAAGUCAUUGGAGAGAUUUCCAACAAGGGUCAACCCCACAAGCGAUUUGUCCAGACUUUCGUUCUCGCCGAGCAGACCAACGGUUACUUCGUGCUCAAUGACAUCUUCCGAUACCUUGCUGAGGAGCCCGAGGAGGAGGAAGAGCAAGUUCAGCAGGAGUCUGCUGGCAUCCAGGAGCCUGCGCCUACUACCACCGUAUCUCAAGGUGAACAGCCAACCGGUGGCGAGGAGGUCGCACGCAGCGAGGAGGAUCUGACCAAGGUUGACCACAAAUUGGAGGAAGCUGCGAAUGCGGACGCUGGCAAGGAGGCCUCGGCCCCAUCGGCUGCCGUCAAUGGCACUGAGACCCCUGAGACGGAAGAAGUCGCUCAGGCCGAGGAUGCCCCUGCCGCUGCUGUCGUCGCUGCCGUCGAAGAGCCCGCCGCAAAGGAGCCCGAAGUUCCCGCUGUCGAGGAGGCCUUGGAGCAGGAAAAGCCCAAGGACCCUGCCCCUACACCAGCUCCAGCUCCGGCAAAGGCUGCUGCUACCCCGGCCGCCCCACCGAAGCCUGCUGCCCCUCGAACCUGGGCAAGCCUUGCCGCUUCCGCCCACAAAGUUGCUACACCUGCCGUUCCCGCUGUCGCCAUGCCCCAGGCUUCUGCCCCCAAGGGAGUUGCUUCGGCACCCGCCCAACCUCUUGCGGUCCCAGCACAACAGUCCGCCCCCGCCCGUGAGCCAUCCCCAGCGAACAGCCAGGGUGAGGCCACCGGUUGGCAAACCGCAACGGGACACAAGAAGGAGCAGUCCCGCGUUCAGAACCAACCAGCUGCUUCCGACGCCGAGAACAAGCGAGCUUACAUCAAGAAUGUCUACAGCCAGGUAGAAGACGAAUCAUUGAAGCAGGCCAUGUCCAAGUUCGGUGAGGUCGUUUACAUCGACAUCAGCCGUCAAAAGAACUGCGCCUUUGUCGAUUUCAAGACCCCCGCCGCUUUCCAGGCCGCUGUCAACGCCAACCCUCAUAGUGUCAACGGACUCGAACUCAAGGUUGAAGAGCGCAGGCUCCGUCCGUCCAACUUUGCUCCUUACCCUCGUGGUGGCGCUCCUCGCGGCCGUGGCGGAGUUGGUAACCAGGGCGCACGUGGUGGUUUCCAGCCCCGUGGUGGUCGAGGCGGCUCUGUUCGAGGCGGUCGUGCUGCCGGUACUAAUGCUGCUCAGGACGCAUGAGCUCAUCACUCGCUCCCUCUACUUGACGAUGUCUGUUCCCCCUUUCUACCCAGCGCAUUUCCGGCCUCCUGGGAUCACCCGAUGACGAUUUUCUUACGGCUCUGUACUGUACCCUCAUCUUUCCGAGCGUGUGUGUCCAAAAGUUGCCAUUGU